AUGGCCGGGCAAAUUUCUGUCAUUGACUUUGGCCGCUUUAUUGGGGGAUCGACGAACGAACGAAAGUCUGUCGCCUAUGACAUUGAUAAAGCUCUUACCACAUCUGGAUUUCUCUCACUUAUCAAUCAUGGAAUUGAGCAAAGCAUCAUUGACGAGUGCUUCUAUUGGAGUGAGCGAUUUUUCGAAUUGCCAGUUCAUGAGAAAAGCCAAUUGAGCCCUUCAGUGCACAAAAUGCGCCACGGAUACUUAGGCAUCGGCAAGGAAAUCGUGCGCGGUGAGCGUUCUCAUAAAGAGAAUUUCGAUUUCGGGAAUCCCGAGGACAGUGAUAUGGAGUCCUGGCCUUCGCCUGAAAAGCUUCCUGGCUUUCGGGAAUGCGCUGAGACAUUCUAUCAUGCUUGCUCGCGGUUGAUUUCCGAACUGUUCGAAUGCAUCGAUUUAAUCUUUAAACUGGAUACAAACGACUCUCUCAGUAAACACCAUUCGGGAUCCGCCGAUGUGGUUAGCUUUCUACAUUAUCCUGCUGUGCGUCAAAGGGGAAAUUUCGUCAGGGGCAUGGCGCAUUCAGAUCUCGGAACGAUUACGCUACUAUUCCAGCAUGGCAUCGGUGGCCUCCAAGUCGCGGAUCAUGACUCAACGAGGGAGACUACCACCGUAGCUAUCGAAAAGACAGCUAACUUUAUAGAUGUCCACCCUGACAGCCAGGCUAUCCUCGUGAAUGUUGGCUAUCUGCUUAUGCGUUGGACAAAUGGACGUUGGCCGAGUACCGUUCACAGAGUUACAUGGCCUCCAGGUUUUCGAGAUACACAAGAUAGCGGAAUGCAGACGGAUACCCCUGAGCGAUUCAGUAUUGCGUUCUUCAGCUUUCCAGACUACGAGGUCGACAUCGAACCGUUGGAAAAUUGUCGCUCUCAACAGCAACCAAGAAGAUGGAAGAAUUCUUUGAACGCAGGCGAGUAUUUGUUGAAGAAACGAAGACAAUUGUAUUCUUCCUAA